AUGGAAGCAAAUAAAGGGGAGGCACUUAAAGCGAUAGAGAAUGCUGAGAAAAGGUUUGCUCAUAGAGAUUUUGUUGGAGCGAAAAGUUAUGCUUUAAAAGCCAAAACAUUGUGUCCUGGAUUGGAGGGUAUAUCUCAAUUGGUGACCACUUUUGAGGUUUACAUUGCCUCUCAAGUCAGUUGUAAUGGUGAACUCGAUUGGUAUUCCAUUAUGGGUUUAAAGCCUUCGACAAAUAUAGAAGCUGUGAAGAAACAGUACAAGAAGAUGGCCGGGUUGCUUCAUCCUGAUAACAAUAAGUGUGUCGGAGCUGAUGGGGCAUUUCAUCUUGUUUCUGAGGCAUGGUCCAGGCUGUCUGGUAGUUAUGAUAUGAAGAGGAAUGCACAAGUGGGUGCUGGGCAUGGAUUUAAUCACAAUGGGUUGUCUUCCGCACGUGCCUCAGGUGGUAAUCAGGAAACUUUUUGGACAAUAUGUACUUCUUGCAAGGUUCAGUAUGAGUAUCUGCGCAAGUAUAUAAAUAAGAAACUUUCUUGUAAAAAUUGCCGUGGGAUUUUCAUUGCUGUCGAAACAGCCCCAGCAAACGGUUCGUUCCCUUAUUGUCCUUGGUCGUAUGGGUCUAGCAGUGGUUAUGGAAGCCAUUUGUAUGAUGGAGUUUCAUAUCCUCCCAGUAAUGGCACCUAUUUCAACGGCAAUGGGGUUACCGGAUACCAUUCGGCACACGGGUAUGAGUUUGUUUCUAAUGUUCCAUAUCAAUUGAACUCUGCUGGAUAUGUUAAUCAAAAUGGAUCAUCUACGUCACCUACGUGUCAGGCCAAUGGGAAUGUAAAGAGGGGAAGACCAAAAGUUAAUUCAGAAGCUGAUAUGAAGCAUUGCAUGACAGAGACAUUGGUUAAUAUAAACUCAGUUGUAUCAUUCUCCCAGAAUGAACCGCAAGAGGUUAAGCCAAGUAGACCUGAGAAGAAACGGAAAGUUCUUGGAGCCAGUUUAAGAAAUGGCCAUGAAGGAAAGGGUUCAAAAUGUGCUUCAGAGUCAGCAUUGGCUAAUGUGAAUGGAAGCGUUGGGCAUGGUCAGAAGCUUUCCAGUACAAGUGAAGUUCCAACCAAACAGUAUUCCAUGGCACCAGCUUUCGAUGCAAGAAAAUUGUUGAUCGAGAAGGCCAGGACAGAAAUAAGGAAAAAACUGGAAGAGAUGAAGUUGGCAUCUGAAGCUGCAGCUGCAGCUAAUGAGAGAAAAAAAUCUCAAGCUGAUGUUGAUCAGGUCGAAGGAGGUGCAUACAUUAAAGCAGCUCUUAAUGUUUCUGAUAAUCAAUUAGAACUUAGGAAAACUGUUCCAGUGACAAUUACUGUCCCAGAUUCCGACUUUCAUGAUUUCGAUAAAGAUAGGUCAGAGCCAUGCUUCAAACCAAAGCAAAUAUGGGCCUUGUAUGAUGAGGAGGACGGGAUGCCCCGCUUGUAUUGUCUGGUCCGCGAGGUUGUCUCUGUCAAUCCAUUCAAGAUUAACAUUUGUUACUUGAGUUCGAAAACUGAUAGUGAGUUUGGCUCAGUAAACUGGCUUGUUUCAGGUUUCACGAAAUCCUGUGGAAAUUUCAGGGCUAUGACCUCUGAUAUUGUCGACCAAGUUAACAUUUUUUCUCAUGUUCUAAGCAGGGUGAAGGCCGGUCGAGGCGGUUGUGUUCGCAUAUAUCCCAAAUGCGGGGAAAUUUGGGCUGUUUACAGAAACUGGUCUACAGAUUGGAAUCAUUCUACACCAGAUGAGGUAAGGCAUCAGUAUGAUAUGGUGGAGGUACUGGAUGAUUAUUCUGAGGAGCUUGGUCUUUGUGUUAGCCCCCUUAUUAAGUUGGAUGGAUUCAAAACCGUGUACAAGAGGAAUGCAGACAAAAGUGCCCUUAGAUGGAUACCAAGAAGAGAAAUGUUGCGUUUUUCGCACCAAGUGCCUUCGUGGUUGUUGAAGGGUGAGGAAGCAAGCAAUUUGCCCGACAAGUGUUGGGACCUUGAUCCAGCUGCAACUCCCGAUGAACUCCUUCAUGCUGCUAUAGAAACAAACGCUUCGUAG